CGCGCGGCGUCUCUUAAAGGGGCCGCGGCGGCAGCAGCUGAAGCCGAGUGGGGUGCAGGGUACAUGCCACCCACACCCCACCAUGGCUGUUGGCACCCAGCUGGGGCUGCUGCUCUGGAAGAACUUCACCUACCGCCGGCGGCAGCGGGUCCAAUUGGCCAUCGAGAUCUUGUGGCCCCUCUUCCUCUUCUUCAUCCUGAUCUCGGUGCGGCAAUCCCACCCACCCUUCAAGCAGCACGAGUGUCACUUCCCCAACAAGGCCCUGCCCUCUGCUGGGAUCCUGCCCUGGCUCCAGGGCAUCAUCUGCAACAUGAACAACCCCUGCUUUCGGCACCCCACGCCUGGGGAGGCCCCGGGCAUGGUGGGCAACUUUGAUGCUUCAAUCCUCUCCCGCUUGCUGGCCGAGGCUCAGCAGAUGCAGCUCCACGCCAAGGGGCAGAGGCUCCUGCGCAGCUUCGCCCAGCUCCUGCCCACCCUGCGCCAGCUCUGGGGGAGUGGGGCUCAGCGGAGGGCCCUGCCAGUUAGAGACUACCUGGCAAAGGAUGAGACCUUCUCACAGUUCCUCCUGACCAACACAUCUCUGCCCCCGGCGCUAGUGGAUGAGCUGCUGAGUGCUCGGCUCAGCCCCCGCAUUCUCUCCCUGGCCGGCACCGGCCGCCCGCUGAAGGCUGUGGUCUGCAACGCCUCGGAGCUGGGGGGCUUCUUGGUGGGGGGCGACGCUGCCUCCACCCAGCGCCUGCAGCGAGGGCUCUGUGCCCUGCCUGGAACCCAGCUCCGCGCCAUGGAGAGCUCCUUCCUCUCCCAGAUCGACCUCCCCCGGCUUCUGGUGGAACAGCUGAGCUCAGAGAUCGGUGGCAUCGCUGGCACCGUGGAAAUCCUGGGCACCUUCCUGCGGGAUGCAGCAUCCCUGCUGGAGGAGGUCUCCUCCAUGACCAGCCUCGCGGAGCUGCGGCAGGAGCUCAGGGCACUGAUGGCACUCAAUGGCAGCACCGCCAGCUUGGGCACCUUCCGAGCCCUGUCACGCAUUGCCUGCGGGCACCCCGAGGGUGGGGGGCUCAGAGUCCCCUCCCUCAACUGGUACGAGGACAAUGACAUCAAAGCCUUCCUGGACCGCAACAGCUCAGAACGGAGAGCCAAGGCUCCGGGCAGUGCCAGCAGUCCCUUCUGCCGAGAGCUGCUCCACAGCCUGGAGUCCAGCCCCGUGUCGCAGAUCUUCUGGCGCGGGGUGAAGCCUCUCUUCACCGGCAAGAUUCUGUACACACCGCCCGGCCCCGGCCCCGACAGCGUCAUGGCCGAGGUGAAUCGAACCUUCCGGGAGCUGGCGGUGCUGGGGGAGGCUGCGGCUGCCUGGCAGGAGCUGGGACCUCGCAUCUACACCUUCCUGAACAGCAGCCUGGAGAUGCAGCUCCUUCGGGAGCUGCUGCUGGCCCCUGGCAUGUCCCAGCUCCUGGAUGGGUUCCUCAACGGCACCUCCUGGAAGGGGUCAGCUCUGGCUGAGUUCCUGGCAGAGCCAGGGGAAGGCCCAGGGCUCACCUGGCACCAGGUGUACGCCGACGUGGACGCUGUCCUCAGCACUCUGUCACAGUUCACGGAGUGUGUCUGCCUGGACAAGAUCGAGGCGGUAGCCACCGAGGAGCAACUGGUAGCCCGGGCCCUGGAGCUACUGGAGGAGCAGCAGUUCUGGGCAGCUGUGGUCUUCCAGCCCCCCGUGGAUGCCACAGCCCCCGCACUGCCCCACCACGUCCGCUACAAGAUCCGCAUGGACAUCGACGACGUCACAAGGACCAACAAGAUCAAGGACAGGUUUUGGGACCCAGGCCCUGCCGCCGACCCCUUCAGCGACCUGCGCUACGUCUGGGGAGGGUUUGUCUACGUGCAGGACCUGGUGGAGCAGGCAGUGGUGAGGGUGCAGACUGGCACUGCCCCCCGGACUGGGGUCUACAUCCAGCAGAUGCCCUACCCCUGCUAUGUGGAUGAUGUGUUCCUGCGGGUGCUGAACCGUUCUCUGCCCCUCUUCAUGACCCUGGCCUGGAUCUACUCCGUGGCCAUGAUCAUCAAGGGGGUGGUGCAUGAGAAGGAGACACGACUCAAGGAGACCAUGAAGACCAUGGGGCUGAGCAGUGGGAUCCUCUGGCUCAGCUGGUUCCUCAGCAGCUUCAUCCCCUUUCUUCUCAGCUCUGGCCUCCUCGUCCUCAUCCUUAAGCUGGGAAACAUCCUGCCCUACAGCGACCCAGCUGUCAUCUUCCUCUUCCUUGGCACCUUCUCAGUGGCCACCAUCAGCCAGUGCUUCCUCAUCAGCACCUUCUUCCCUCGUGCCAACCUGGCCUCAGCUUGUGGUGGCAUCAUCUACUUCUCCUUCUACUUGCCCUAUGUGCUCUGCGUCGCCUGGCGCGACCACAUCACCUUCCCCCUCCGUGUCUUUGUGAGCCUGCUGUCACCGGUGGCCUUUGGCUUCGGCUGUGAGUACUUCUCCCUCUACGAGGAGCAGGGAGUGGGCAUCCAGUGGCACAACCUGGCUGCCAGCCCCGUGCCAGGGGAUCCCUACAACUUUGCCACAGCCAUGGGGCUGCUGCUGCUGGAUGCCAGCCUCUAUGGCCUAGCCACCUGGUAUGUUGAGGGUGUCUUCCCAGGCCAGUAUGGGAUCCCCAAACCCUGGAAUUUCCCCUUCCUGAAGAGCUACUGGUUUGGAGAGCCAUCUUCAGCUGGGCACCCCCCAUACCCCACCAGCACCCUGACUGCACCCCAAGUGCUGGUGGAGGAGCCUCCUGCUCAGCUCCAGCCUGGCGUCUCCAUCCGCAACCUGGUGAAGAUCUACCACAGCAGCGGCCGCGCUGCCGUCAACGGCCUGAGCCUGGACUUCUACGAGGGGCAGAUCACCUCCUUCCUGGGCCACAACGGGGCUGGCAAGACCACCACCAUGUCCAUCCUGACUGGUCUCCUGCCCCCCACCUCUGGCACUGCCUAUAUCCUGGGCUGGGACAUCCGCUCCGACAUCGACAGCAUCCGCAAAACCAUGGGCAUGUGUCCCCAGCACAACGUGCUCUUUGACAUCCUGACGGUGGAGGAGCACGUCUGGUUCUACGGGCGGCUGAAGGGGCUGUCGGAGGAGCAGGUGAAGGAGGAGCUGGAGCAGCUGCUCCUUGACACGGGGCUGCCGCACAAGCGCCGGGAGCAGACCAGGAACCUCUCGGGAGGGAUGCAGAGGAAGCUCUCCGUGGCCAUCGCCUUCGUGGGUGGCUCCAGGGUGGUCAUCCUGGACGAGCCCACGGCCGGCGUUGAUCCCUACUCCCGCCGCAGCAUCUGGGAGCUGCUGCUCAAGUACCGCAAAGGCCGCACCAUCAUCCUCUCCACCCACUACAUGGACGAGGCGGAGCUGCUGGGGGACCGCACGGCUGUCAUCUCGCAGGGCCGGCUCUGCUGCUGCGGCUCCCCCCUCUUCCUCAAGGCCAGGCUGGGCACCGGCUACCACCUCACCCUGGUGAAGAGGGAGCGGGUUGGGACCAGCAGCAGCACUGGCACCGUCCCUGGCAUCACCAAAAAGGAUGGCAGCGACUCGGAGCGCAGCAGCGACACAGGCCUGGGCAGCGAGCGUGGCAGCGAGGCCAGCGCCGUGGAUGUGGCCCAGCUGUCGGCGCUGAUCCAGAAGCUGGUCCCCAGCUCCCGGCUGGUGGAGGACAUCGGGCACGAGGUGCACUUCAUCCUGCCCUACAGCGGGGCCAAGGACGGAGCCUUCGGGGACCUGUUCCGGGAGCUGGAUGCCCGCCUGGGGGAGCUGGGCAUCUCCAGCUAUGGCAUCUCUGACACCACUCUGGAGGAGAUCUUUCUGAAGGUGGCCCAGGACAUGGAGGAGGACACUGACACCACAGGCACUGGGAGAGGAGCAGCCCCCAGUGAGGGGAGGGACGUGGAAGCAUCCGACAGGGAAUUGGCCCAAGGAGUUCGGCGAGUGGAGGAGCCCCAGGAGACAGAUCUGCUGCAGGGGGCAGCUGGGCAGCGCUGGCGCAGGGUGCGGGGCUGGGCACUCACUCGCCAGCAGCUCCGUGCCCUCUUCAUCAAGAGGAUGCUCCACGCCCGACGCAGCACCCGCGGCUUCUUCGCUCAGAUCGUCCUGCCCGCUGUCUUCGUCUGCAUCGCGCUGCUCUUCAGCCUCAUUGUGCCACCCUUUGGCAAGUACCCACCGCUGCGCCUCCAGCCCUGGAUGUAUGGGCAGCAGUUCACCUUCUUCAGCAACGAUGCCCCGGGGGACCCCGACACCGCUCGGCUGCUGGCGGCGCUCCUGGCAGAGCCGGGGUUUGGCACCGAGUGCAUGAAGGCUGCUGCCGAGGUGAUGGCGCCGUGCCCCCCAGCUUCCCACCCCGACGGCUUCGCGGCACCCCCAGCCCCCCGGCCCCUGCUGGAAACGCUGCAGCGUGGGAACUGGACGCGAGCUGAGCCGUCCCCGCCGUGCCAGUGCAGUGGGCCUGGCACUCACAGGAUGCUGCCCGACUGCCCCGAGGGGGCUGGGGGCCUCCCACCGCCCCAGGUGCAGAGGGGCACAGGUGAUGUCCUGCAGAACCUGACGGGCAGGAACAUCUCCGACUACCUGGUGAAGACCUACCCCCAGAUCAUCCGUCGGGAGCUGAGGAACAAGAAGUGGGUGAACGAGCAGAGGUACGGUGGCUUCUCUCUGGGGGCUGGGGGCUCCCAGGCCCUGCCGUCGGCAGCAGAGGUGGACGAGGCAGUGCUGGAGCUCCGGGCGCUGUUCAGAGUCACCCCGGGCAGUCCCUUGGACAGGCUUCUGGGCAACCUCAGCCACUUCAUCGAGGGCUUGGAUGCUCGCAGGAACAUCAAGGUGUGGUUCAACAACAAGGGCUGGCACGCCAUGGUCUCCUUCGUCAACGUGGCCAGCAAUGGGCUGCUGCGUGCCCGGCUGCCCGCUGGCACCGACCCUGCGCUCUACGGCAUCACAGCCACCAACCACCCCCUCAACCUCACCAAGGAGCAGCUCUCAGAGGCCGCCCUGAUGGCUACCUCGGUGGAUGUGCUGGUCUCCAUCUGCGUCAUCUUCGCCAUGUCCUUCGUCCCAGCCAGCUUCGUGCUCUUCCUCAUCGAGGAGAGGGUCAGCAAGGCCAAGCACCUGCAGUUUGUCAGCGGGAUGAAGCCUGUGACCUACUGGCUGGGCAACUUCUCCUGGGACAUGUGCAACUACCUGGUCCCCGCGCUGCUGGUCAUCCUCAUCUUCCUCUGCUUCCAGCAGAAGUCCUAUGUCUCCUCUGCCAACCUGCCCGCCCUGGUGCUGCUGCUGCUGCUCUACGGCUGGUCCAUCACCCCCUUGAUGUACCCAGCCUCCUUCCUCUUCAGCAUCCCCAGCACCGCCUAUGUGGCCCUGACCUGCAUCAACCUCUUCAUCGGCAUCAACGGCAGCGUCGCCACCUUCGUGCUGGAGCUCUUUGUGGACCAGAAACUCAACGACAUCAACCGCAUCCUGAAGAAGGUUUUCCUCAUCUUCCCCCACUUCUGCCUUGGCCGAGGCCUCAUCGACAUGGUGAAGAACCAGGCCAUGGCUGAUGCCUUCGAGAGGUUUGGGGACAAGCGUUUUGUGUCGCCCCUGUCCUGGGAGCUGGCAGGGAAGAACAUGUUUGCCAUGGCUGUAGAGGGCAUCAUCUUCUUCAUCUUCACCCUCCUGCUGCAGUACCGCUUCUUCCUGCGGCUGGGGCCGCGGGCUCUGCAGCUGCCCUCGCUUGGGGAGGAGGAUCAGGAUGUGGCCAGGGAGAGAGUGAGGGUGGGCAGCACCCCCCCAGAUGGCCACCUCCUGCUGCUGAAGGACCUGACCAAGGUGUACCGGCGCAGGAAGGCUCCGGCAGUGAACCGGCUCUGCGUGGCCAUUCCCCCUGGGGAGUGCUUCGGCCUCCUGGGGGUGAACGGUGCGGGGAAGACCUCCACCUUCAAAAUGCUGACAGGCGACACGGAGGUGACACUGGGGGAGGCCUGGCUGAAAGGGCACAGUGUCCUCACGCUCGGCUUCGUCCUCAUCCUGAUCCCUGCAGCGUGCUCCUCCCUAUUCCCGCAGCCUGCUCAGCUUCAUCCCUGUCUCUGGAGCUUGUCCCCGUCCCCGCAGCGUGCUCAGCCAUGUCCCCGUCCCCGCAGCGUGCUCAGCGACCUCCAGUCCGUGCACCAGCACAUGGGUUACUGCCCCCAGUUCGAUGCCAUCACCGACCUGCUGACGGGGCGAGAGCACCUGGAAUUCUACAGCCGCCUGCGUGGGGUCCCAGAGGAGGAGACCCGCAGGGUGGCCCAGUGGGGCAUCGCCAAGCUGGGGCUGGUGCCGCACGCAGACCGCCCAGCGGGCAAGUACAGCGGCGGCAACAAGCGCAAGCUGUCCACGGCCAUAGCCCUCCUCGGCUCCCCGCCCGUCGUCUUUCUAGAUGAGCCCACGACAGGGAUGGACCCCCGAGCCCGGCGGUUCCUGUGGGACUGCAUCCUCGGCGUCAUCCGGGAGGGCAGGUCUGUGGUGCUCACAUCCCACAGCAUGGAGGAGUGCGAGGCACUCUGCACCAGGAUGGCAAUCAUGGUCAACGGCCGCUUCCGCUGCCUGGGCAGCAUCCAGCACCUCAAGAACAGGUUUGGAGAUGGCUACACGGUGGUGGUGCGUGUGGGUGGCCCCGGUCCAGCGGCGGUGGAGAGCCUGAUGCAGCAUCACUUCCCUGGCAUCGUGCUGAAGGAGCGCCACGGGGGGCUGCUGCAGUACCAACUGCCCUCCCGGGCCGCCUCCCUGGCCAGCAUCUUCAGUGUCCUGGCAGCCCACCGAGGCCCCUGCCACAUCGAGGACUACUCCGUAUCCCAGACCACCCUCGAUCAGGUCUUUGUGCACUUUGCCAGGGAGCAGAGCGAUGAGGACCCCGAGGAGGUCAUGGACGCAGGGCAGGAUGUGACCCUGGCGGUGACCAGCCCUGGGAUGAGGCUGUCACAGUUUCUGGAGGACAACAACUACCAGGAGAGCUCUGUCUGAGUGGUGCCCCAUGGACCCCUCCCCAGCAUGAUGCAGGGUCCUGGGCCUUCUGGCUACCCGGGACCCCCACAGCUGUGCAGAAGGGUCUGGCCACAUCCUGCCUACCGACAAGAAGCCGCCGACACCAUGAGAUGGUCUGGGUGCUGGGGAGGGCCAGAGCCCCAGGGCAGGGCUGGUACCAGCUCUCCUUUAGUGGAGUUGUACCCUUGGAGGGGGUGAGGUGACAGACUGGGGGCUCUGCCCCCUGCUCCAGGCAGGGCUGGGUGCUGGGGCUGGCCCUGGGACCCAAGAUCCUGCUGUUAAUGAGCAACUAAAUAAAGACCCACGGCACUGCGCAGGG